AUGAACCGUCCUAGAUACCUCACAGAUGCUGAGAGAGCCAAGAUUCUUGAGUUUCUGGACAUGAUCCACUACUCGCCCAGAUACAACGAUGACACAAACGAAUACCGUCACGUCAUGUUACCAAAAGAUAUGUUGAAGGCAAUACCUCAGGACUACUUCAACCCAGAUUCGGGAACUUUGCGUAUCCUCUUGGAAGAGGAAUGGAGAGGAUUGGGUAUUACUCAAUCGCUAGGUUGGGCCCAUUAUGAGACACACGCCCCAGAGCCACACAUUUUGCUCUUCAAAAGACCUAUCAACUAUGAACAUUGA